AUGUUCGUCGCCCGCCCCUCUCUCCUCCGCGCUGUCGGCACUGCUCCCGCCCUCCGUGCGACCGGGCUCGCUCCGCGUGUGGCUCGUACUGCCGUCGCUCUUGGCCGCCGCGGCGUCCAGACCGAGACCAUCACUCCUGUCGAGGGGUUCAAGAUCCUGAACUCGCAGCGCGUGCACCGUCCCUGCUCGCCCGAUCUUGCCAUCUACCAGCCCCAGCUGACCUGGGUUCUCUCGAGUUUCCACCGUAUCACCGGUGUCGCUAUUGCUGGUGUUUUCUACCUUGGCGCGCUCGCGUUCGCCUUCCACCCCUGGUUCCCGGCCAUGGACUCGACUCACGCCAUUGAGUUUGUCCACAACCUCCCUGGGUGGCUCAAGACUACCGUCAAGCUUGCCGUCGCUGCGCCCCUCACGUUCCACACUUUCAACGGUGUUCGCCACCUCAUGUGGGACGCCGGGAAGGGCCUCACCCUCAAGGGCGUGUACAAGUCGGGCUACGCCGUCGUCGCUGCCACGGCCAUCUCGACCAUUUACCUCGCCUUCUUCGUGUAA